AUGGUAAAUAGGAAUCAAAAUGCUGAUGAUAUUAUACGUCAAGUUCAACAUGAUGAUUUAGCAGCAGAUAAUAACCUAGCAGCUAUAGUCGAAAGAAUUAUGGUUCGAAAUGGGGUAAAUUUUGGCCUUAGAAGACCAAAUUAUACGUCGCCUUUAGCAGAGUAUAUCUUACAAGCGGAAGCACCCCUAAGGACCAAAAUCCCCAAAUUCACCAAGUUUGUUGGGGAUACUACUAAGUCUAUUGUUGAACACGUGGUGAGAUACUUAAUCGAGGCUGGAGAUAUGUCAAAUAAUGAGAGCCUUCGAUUGAAAUUUUUUCCAAGUUCUCUUACAAAGAAUGCUUUCACAUGGUUCACAAUUUUGCCCCAAAAUUCGAUCCACUCAUGGAACCAACUGGAAAGAAUGUUCCAUGAACAGUUCUACAUGGGGCAAACGAAGAUAAGUUUGAAAGAGUUUGCUAGUGUCAGACAAAAAUUCACUGAGCCAAUCGAUGACUAUCUGAACAGAUUUCGACUACUCAAAGCCGAGUGUUUUACGUAA